AUUGGUUGUCCAAUGAAAUAUUGAACAUCUUCUUACUUUCAUGCCUUUAUAUCUCUUAGCAAACAAGGAAGAAAGAAGUGAAAGAUAACAAAGCUGAAGAGUCCUCAGUAGAAAUUCGUACAAAAAAAUGUAUGUGACAUGGCCUCUCUCCCUCUACUUAAAAUUUACUGAAGCUGCCCUUAUCCCGCCACCGGAAGGUCCGAAUUCCGGUCAUUUGGUAGUCGCCGAUGAAGAAUCUGAGGCGGAGGCGAUGUGUUGCUGGGGGCUGUGUAAAGAUAAUAAGAUCCAAAACCUACCUUUCCCUCAGAACAAGAUCCUAAGGGUCCGCUACACCCAGCAACAUGGUGAGAGCCUGACGGUGCACAGCGAUAAGGCCUACAACCGGCAACAUGGUGAGAGCCUGACGGUGCACAGCGAUAAGGCCUACACCCAGCAACAUGGUGAGAGCCCGACGGUGCACAGCGAUAAGGUCUACUUCAUCCCAGUUCUCAAUCAGCCGUUGUCUUCCAAUCGAUACUAUGUUAUACGGGCAUCUGGGAAAUACAAAGGGAAGGCAUGCAUAUGUUCAAAGGACGACAUCGUCACAUAUUGUUUUUGCAUGUGCAUCAAUGAUGUGAAGCCAAAAGCUCUAGAUCACAGAGAUAUGUAUCAUCAGGUAGAGAUCAUUCGCCGACAUAGUGGUCGCUUCAUCGCCAAAUCUGUCGCAUCAGACGGGCUCCCUCCAUUGUUCUUGAGAAGAAAAGGCUGGGAGAUAUACACAAAAACUCCCCGCGACUUCCAACUAGGUGAAGCUCGUGGUGUCGAUCUCUCUCUUCGCGCUCGUCUGCCAACAUUCGACUUCCCAAUCUCUAACAAACAUUCGACGAGCAUUGUAGUAGGAAAGUGGUACAUCCCUUUCAUGUUCAUUAAGGAAGUUGGUACUAGAUCAAAAUAUCAAAUGAAAAAGUCCAUGUUUUAUGAAAUGUAUCUGGAACAGAUGUGGGAUGAGAUCCAUAUGUGUGAGAACCAUGGCACCGAACAGAAUGCUGUGGUAGUUAACGCAACUGUGCGAAGGGAGACAGCAACAGUCACCGGUCAGGAAGCCAUCACACGUGUGGUUGAUGGGAUGAUGUGGUUAAGUGGUCCACCUAGUGUGGGAUUGAGUAUUGCAGUUGUAAAUAGAAUGAAAUGGGAAGCUUGUAGAGGAGGUUGGGUUGAUGGGAAAGAGAGAGAUUUGAAGGUGGAGAGGGUGGAAGAGUUUGGAGGAGUGAAUGGAUGGAGGAAGUUUGGUUGUUAUAUGUUAGUGGAGAGGUUUGUUUUGAGAAGGAUGGAUGGGAGUUUGGUUCUAACUUAUGAUUUUAAUCACACUCAUCUGAUUCAAUCCAAAUGGGAGUAGUUUGGUUAAUAUAUGUUUCAUAUUUACUUUAGGACUCUCAAUUCCAUAAGUUUAUAUAUACUAGUGUGUUAAUGAUGUAAAAUUUAUAUGGAGGGUGGUAAGUGAUGUAUAUAUAGGAUUGUCUAAUUGGUUUGGUUUUUCAAUUUUGGAUCAUCUAUG